ACAGAAUACAGACCACUUCGAAUUAUUUUAAUAUUAUUACUGUUAUUGACGAAGGUAGCGAUGAUGAUUAGUCAGUCGACUAAUUAGACAAAGGCAAAAAGGAUUUUAUUAUAAAAGAAAAUGAAAAUUGAUUCUGAUUGAACUUAAAUCGGUUAUGGCGUUUUUGAGAAAAAAAUAUUUUCUGAUUUUUCGCUUUUUGGAUUUCUUCAAAAACCAAAAUAGAUAGAAGUGUAAAAUUUUCAGGAUUAACGUAUCUCAUUAGUAGCAACAUACCCUCAAGAAAUAAUCCAAAUAUCCCUCUGGGGACUAUGCUUAUCGUCCUAUGGUCUUUAUUCUUAUGAUUAUUUCUUGGCACUAUUGAAUUGAAACAUUUUUAGAAAACCUUCACACCAAAAACUUCUUCAAAAAUUUCGACGAUCCCAGAAAGAAUAAUUCAAAAAGAACUACCAUUCCAAACCAAAAAUAAGUCGUCAAACAAUUUUGACGAUAACAAAACAACUCCUGAUAAAACAAUAAAUAAUAACCAAGAAAACAACAUUUUAUCUAGUACUUCGAAAAAUGUAAAUGAAAAAGAAACAUGUUUACCAAAUAAACCUCAAGAAACGACAAAAAAUCACAACAUAUCACCUGGAUCACUUCGCCGAUCCAUGGAGGAAUAUGUUAGAGACAACUUCAAAGAUUACGACCUACUUUUGGAAACGUAUGGUGGGUCAACACCAUGCCAAAAUAAAAAUGACAAUUUAGAUGUUAUCACAAGUGAUAGCAGCAAUGGUAAUGAUCAAAAUAUAAAUAAAUUUGGAAACAAAAUCGACUCUAGCAACAAAUUACCACCAAAACCAUCCCUCGUAAAGAAACUAUCAAACAUAAUAUUGGAAGAGAAAAAUACAGCCGUUGACAAUACUGUCAUCAAGAACUCAAGUGAUAAAGUUUCAAACAACUACCCCGAACAUGGACCAUUAACGUAUCCAACCUCGUCCUAUCCAUCGACACAAAACACACCUUCUUCAGUUACUCCUUCCUCCAUCCCUCCUCAAAACAUGUCCUUUUUCAGUACAACAAUGUCUCCCAAAAUAUCAACCAGUAGACGAUAUCCAAUAUCCAAAAAACGAAACUCAAAAAAGGUGCUCAAUCCGACAAGAAAAGUUGGUUUGAGUAUAGCAAAUUUCAACUUUGAAGAUUCCCUGAUGUCUCCGGGACCCCUCUCUCAAAGCGACAGUCUUCGGGAUAUUGCGAAAACCUGUGCGAAACAACCUCAAGAUAAACUUAAUCACGACUUAAUUAGAUCGACCAACCAUGAAGAGAGACCAAGAUUAUCGUCAACCAAUGGGAAUUAUCGUGUGGUAGAAAUCGUGGAUGAUAUAGACCGAAAAACGAACAACUUACCUGAAAGUAUGAAAAUCGAUGUCAAAUCAAUUAGUUGGAGAUCACCACUUGUUUCAUCACCACAUCAAAAAUAUUCACCAAACGUUUCAAGAGACAAUGAAAUUUCCAAAUUACCACCAAACAAAACCACUUCCGAAAAUAAUUUUUCUGACAACGCUCAAGAAACCUUUCUGAGGGACAAUUUCACCGAUUUUCUAUCAACUUCAUUAUUAGAGACAAUAGAAAAGCUCAAUGAGCAACAAUCUAACGUGCAACAACACCAGAAAGAACCACCAGCUUCCCAGCAGUAUCCUCCACCGAAAAACCCUCAACAUCCAGAAAAGAGAAUAAAAAUCACCGAAUACUCUGCAACUGCUCAAAAGUACAGUGAAGAUCAACUGGAAGCAUCGACACGGAUGUCUGCGUGUUCAGUGUUGAACAACACAGCAGACUCAACGUUUCCUUCAGAACAAAUAUCUUCAAGAGGAAGUGAAAAUAAUUGCAGUUUCACAGAGACUUUCCUUGAAAAUAGACCGAAAUAUGACCCUCAGCGAGUAGAAUAUGAUGGAUAUUAUUCUCGUCGAAAUCCCGAUGAUUUCCAAGAAGCGAAUUUUGACUCAAGAAGGACACAAUGUAUUUCUCAGUAUAAUAAUCCUAGGAAGAUUGAAACUCCCUUCCCUACUUACGAACCUCGUUCUCAACAAAAUCGUCCCAGCACCUCUGAAAGGAAUUUCUACCACGAGUUUCCAAGACCAUACACUCAGCAUAAUUAUCCCUUAAAAGAAGUCAAAUUCAUUGGUCAAUCUUGUCAUCCACCCCCAUCGACUUCGUGCUGUUGUCAUCGCACUCAAUGUCGUAAUGAUCUCCUCUAUGAUAGAUCUCCAAGAAAAAUGGAUUAUUACUAUGAGAGAGAACCUGAGAACAUUGGCACCAUGAAGAGAAUUCAACCAAACAGUGAAAGAUAUCCUAAUCAUAAUCUUCACCAUUAUGAUACACAGAAUGAGUUUCAAAUGGGAAAUAGAAACCCCAGAAGCGAUUUCAUUGUGCCUCCUCGUUUCGUUAGCAACAAUAAUAAUGAAGCAGAAUUUGUAGAAACGGAAAAGAACUACACAUAUCAAAGAAGAGAACCACCUUGCAGGGCCCCAAGGAGAAAUGUAUUUGAAGAAGUUCCAAAAACUUUUGAACUUGAAGGGAGAUACAAUAUUAACCAUCAGAACUUACAUGAGACAGAAAACUUCGUAAGAAAUCGAUAUUCACCGAAUUUUAAUCAAAUGGUGAGACCACACUCUCAGUCUUCAGGAGAUUAUUAUCAGAAUCCAAGUUUCCCAAGAGAGAAUAAUUAUCAAAGAAGAUUUAUAUCACCAUCUGGAGGCCCUUGCACCGAAGAAAACACUCAACAUAAUUUUUCACUGUUAAACUCUAAUGAAAACAUACCUUUGCAAGUUCGAUAUUCAUCCCCGACCUCCCAGUAUCUGGAUUCUCAUCAUCCCCGCAUAUUUCCAUAAUUAUUUUUUUAUUAAAGAAAAUCGGUUUCUUUUAGCUUAUAAGUUAAACUUCUGAGUUGUUACUUACCUCUGUUCAAGAAUUAGUGUUUCGUUUGAAAGUAAUUAAUUUUUAUGUUCAAUGUAUUUCUAAUCAGUUAUUAAUAUUUACUAUUCAAAAUGCUACUUACACUGUUGAAGUUUUUUCAUAUACUUAUAUCGU